AUGAUGAAGAUAAAUUGCUUCAGUCACAGGAUGUUUAAUACUUCAACCCCCUUUUCACCCAUAAAACUUCCAUCUCAAAUGGAAACCCAUCUUUGGUAUGCAUUACCAAAUGAAGUGAAAAGUCAAUCUUUACUAAAUCAGUAUGUUGACCUUCUAUCACCACUUGAGAAAGACCACAUUUUCAGCAUUAGUGCCCUUCAUCUUCAAAAAAGUGCUUUAAUAGCCCGUGCACUUGUUCGUACUACUAUAUCUAGAUAUCAGAUAGGCUCUCAAGUCAACCCAAGGUCUCUUGAGUUCAGAAAGAACCCCCAUGGGAAACCCGAGGUAAUUUGGCAAAAUAGUGACGAUUGGCAUCCACCACCUCUACAAUUCAAUCUCUCUCACACAUCAUCAUUGAUAGCAUGUGGAGUGACCAUUGACUCCUCAAUUGGUAUUGAUGUAGAGGAAAAGCAAAGGACAAUGAAAAACAGUAUAUUAUCAUUUGCUAAACGAUAUUUCACUUUUGAAGAAGUGGAAUUAUUAAGUGCAAUUUCAGACCCUGAAGUUCAACGCCACGAGUUUAUUAAACUUUGGACACUAAAGGAAGCGUAUGUUAAAGCAUUGGGAAGAGGGUUCUCAGGUGCUCCUUUUAGCACCUUUACAAUUAGGUUUAGGCCUGUGAAUCCUGAUUCUGAGGAUUCUGAGAUAGUGAUUGUGCCUUUAGAGAAGCGAACUGAGCUUACAACUAAUUGGCAAUUUGCACAAUGUGAAUUGGCUGGUUCUCACUAUGCAGCCAUUUGUAGGGAGAGCAAUGGAGGGGCUCCAAUGAAAGUGGUGGUGCGGAAGACGAUUCCUCUUGUUGAAGAACACAUUGUUUCACAGAUUGAUUGAGUUGAUUGUGUUAUUACAAAGUGGUCUAAAAUUAUAAAAAUGAUUUGUUUCAACCUGUUAACAAUGUAAGGUGAAAGAGUUUGAUAAUCAAAACUUGUCCAAAAAUGUAAAUGCAUUCCUUACAUAUACUUUUCAAAUCUGAAUAUGUUUAUCUUGCAAAUACAAACACGAUAAUAAAGAUGCGAAGAAGAAUAAAGAU